AUGGAACAGGUGGGCGGAGAAUACGAGUAUGAUAAACGGGAUGAUUUGGGACGAGGACAGUUUGCUAUAGUGUACAAAGGACGGGUUAUAGAGAAUCCAGACGUCGCAGUCGCCAUCAAAGCCGUCUCGAAGAAGGAAUUCGGCCGUCACCGUCAACAACUCGGCAAGGAGAUCAAGAUAUUGAGAGAUUUGGCAAAAAUCCAGCAUGAGAAUGUGGUUCGCCUAAUCAAGUGCUCCGAGACCCAAAAUCAUGUGUUUCUGGUCAUGGAGUACUGUAAUGGUGGCGAUUUGGCUGAUUAUUUAUAUGCGUCGGGGACACUAGCAGAGGAAUGUAUUCAGCAUUUUAUUAUUCAGAUUUCUCGCGCCUUGGAAGUCAUGAACAAGUUGACAAUUGUGCAUCGGGAUUUGAAGCCCCAAAACAUUCUCCUCUGCUACAAUCCCAAAAUACUCAACCCCACCUACUCGGAAAUCACUGUGAAGCUCGCUGACUUUGGAUUCGCUCGAAUCCUAAACAAUGGAAUCAUGACCCAAACUUUCUGUGGCUCUCCAAUGUACAUGGCUCCCGAAAUUCUGAUGGGUGAGAUGUACGACGCAAGGGCUGAUCUCUAUUCGAUCGGAGUGAUUUUCUAUCAAUGCCUAACUGGAAAACCACCAUUCCCAGCUCAAAAUCCAAUGCAGCUACGCAAUAUUUAUGAAAAAUCCUUGGAGCUGAAGCCAAAUGUUCCGGAAUGGUGCUCAGAUGUUCUUGAGGAUCUUCUAGUGCGAAUUAUCAAGAGAAAUGUGGCGAAUCGAAUGACUUUCAACGAUUUCUACACCCAUCCUUUUCUUACGGACCCUUUGAAGCCAUCUCCAUCGAAAAGGAUUCUGGAGAACGCGCCGAUGGGUAUUAAUCAAAUGGUGAUUACUCCGAAACCAGUGAGAAGGAUUGAAAAUGCUCCUGUGAUGGUGAAAAACAGUCCAAAACCAGCGGCGGUGAGAAAUAUAAUGAGCAAGAGCAAAGUUCAAAAGGCAGCAAAUCCGUUCUUGGAGCAAAAGGCAAUGAUGCCAGAGGAGGUGGACGAGAGUUUUGAGGAUUUCACAUUUCUACCAAUGCAGCCGAAGAGGAGUGUAGUUGCAGAAAAAGAGGAUCCUCCAAAAAACAACACCAUCUCAACAAUGCCCAAAGAUCUGCCACCCUUGGUACCUGUGAAUCGAGCAAUUUACCUAAAAAUGCGAGAAGCUCUGGAGGCUAGAAGGAACGGAGGCAAGAAGCCAGUAGAGAAGGAUAUUGCCAAAAAAGUGAUGCCGAUCGUUGAUGAGAAUCCCGUAUUUGCUAGAAGAACCACACUUCCCAAUCCGAGUGCGGAGGAGAUACAGAAAUUGAGCAUACCGCAUCCACGAUUCGUGAUCCUUGGAGAUGGAAAGCGUUUGCAAGUGGUUACUGUAGAUGAGAAGGAGAAGCAAGUGGAAAAUCAGCAAGUGAUAGAAGAAAAACCCAAAAUCAACGAGCAACCGGAUUUCAGCAGUUUGCCAAUCCAAAAUGUAUUCAUUGAGGAGAAGAAUAGCUCUUCCAAAAUUCACGAAUCCAUCUACAACGACGCCUUCAUGUUUCCAUUCGCCUCUGCUCCAACAGCUACACCAUCCAACCUCAUUCUCCCUAAGGAAAUUCAACCCUUAUCCUUAAAAAUCAUCCCUGCCUCACUGCAACCGCUCAUCCCCGAAACUUUUCAUUGCGAUCAACACAAACAACUCCUUGCUAAGCUUCAAUUCGUCAAUGAGAUCGUCAACGAGCUCAUAAAUCUAGCUGACCAGAAGAGUAACCCAUUGGCAGUAGCCAUGAAGCAAAGGAAGCUUAAAACCAAUUCGUCACAUCAGAGAGCUGAGCAAUUGGCGGUGUUGGUUCGAGCACUGCAUAUGCUCUCAUCGGCGAUGCUUUUGGCUCAAGAGAAGGUGGAUCUGAAGGAGUUGGAACCGACUAAAGCAGUGCAGCAGGUUUUGAAUCAAUUGAAUGAUAAAUAUCAUUUUUGUGUGAUGCGCUCCCAACAAAUUUCGAAAUUCGGCGUCCCUGCCCAAGACCCAUCUCUCCCACUGAUCUCCGCCGAACGAGUCAUCUACCGGCACUCCAUUGAUCUCUGCGAAGAUGCUGCUCUCGAUGAGCUCUUCGGUAACCCUCACAGGUGUAGCGAACGCUACCAAACCGCCUAUCUUUUGUUGCAUGUUCUAGUAGAGCAGGCGAACUGUGAUAAGGAUAGGGAUCUGUUGAAACGAUACAGAAUCGCCGUCGUGAAUCGCCUUCGAAUUCUGGAGCGUCAGGGAUACGUGGCGUAUGUCUAA